AUGCCUACAAACGAGCAAGAGGACCCUAGAACUUUGACUUUGGACGAUGAUUUGAAGCUUGUUUCCAUUGGAUCUCCGACUUCCAUCGACAAUUCUCCAGCCUUAAUAUCAAAUAUAUACAACACCGAAUACGAGAAGGCGGUCUUAAACACAUCGCUCAAUCCGUGGAACAGCAGGGCAUUCAAGCUUUACUUGAUAGUAAUGAUCGGGUUUUUAAACGCUGUUUCUUCAGGCUUUGAUGGUAGUCUGAUGAGUGGGAUCAACGCCAUGAACCAGUACCUCGACUACUUCGACUACAGUGGUUUGGGAAAGUCGACAGGCAUAGUCUUCAUGAUAUAUAUCGUUGGGAACUGUGUAGGAUCCUUUUUUGCAGGACCUAUCACCGAUCUUGCAAGUCGGACGGAGGGGGGGCAUGGUGCAAUUUUCGUCUUAGUUGGUUCUGCUGUGAUCGUUUCUGCGCAAAACAUCAAUGCCUUCAUGGGUGGUCGAUUCAUCUUGGGCUUUGGCAUCGCCAUCUCGACUACAGCUGCUCCGACAUGGAUCACCGAAUUGGCUCCUCCACAAUGGCGAGGAAGACUUGGAGCAUCAUACAACUCCUGUUUCUUUAUCGGAAGCAUCCCCGCGACCGGCGCAAUGGUAGGAACAGUAAAAAUGAAUUCUACCUGGGCUUGGAGACUUCCUUUGAUGCUGCAAGUCAUUCCUCCGGUCAUUAUAAUAAGUUUUGUCUGGCUUCUACCCGAGUCUCCGCGAUGGCUCGUUCAGAAAGGAAAAUUCAACGAGGCACGGGAUAUCUUGAUCGAAUAUCACAGCGACGAUGGCAAGAUGAAUCCUAUUAUUGAGCUUCAACUACGCGAAUUUCAAGAGUCUAUCGAAACAAAAAAGGCAGAGGCGUUCUGGGACUAUCGACCUCUUUUCAGCAGCAAAAAUCGAAGGUGGCGAAUGUUGUGUCUGGCACUGAUGGUAACAAAGGUGAACGGUCAAUUAGCUGGAAACGGAUUGAUCACCUAUUUUUUGCCCGCAAUGAUGGCGAAUGCUGGGGUCACUUCGAAACAGCGUCAACUCGUAUACAACUUUGCUAACUCUAUUCUCUCCGCAUUUGGUGCUUUCACGGGUGCUGCGAUCACAGACAAAAUUGGGCGACGUAAGAGGCUUUACCUUGGAAGCUUUAUUUUAGCUUGUCUGCUAGCGAUCGUUGCAGCACUGACUGCAAAUUUCGGAGAGGUUGGAAACAACAACCUCAACGGGGCCAACGCUUCAAUCACUUUCAUAUUUUUAUUCGGCUUGGCAUAUAGUUUCACCUACACGCCUUUGCAGGCCUUAUACUGCGCCGAAGUCAUGAGCCAAGACAUGCGAGGGAAGGGAAUGGCGGUUCACAUUCUCAUCUCCAAUUGUGCAGGCUUCAUCAACACGUUCGCUAACAGCGUCGGUCUCGGGAAACUAGGAUGGAAGUAUUACUUUGUUUUUGUAGGGUGGGACUUCAUCGCCUCGGCGUUGUGGUUCUGUUUUGGGGUUGAAACGCACGGGCGGACUUUGGAGGAGCUGGACGAAGUGUUCAACACAGCUUGGCCUGCUAGAGAAAGUACUCGGAAGACUAGACUAGCUGCUGUGAAAUGA